CUUUUCUAUGAAACAUAGGGUGUUGUUUGAUCGAGAUUCUGUUGCUGUUUCAAGCAGACUGAGUGAGAGACGAUCUAGUAGAGACGUGGGCACCCUUUUCUGAGAAGCAGGUCGCGCUACUAAAAAAUAAUUUUUCAUUGGGCAAAGCGUGUCGUUCAGAAAGUCCCGUGGACCGCUGGUUACCCUUGGCUUAUCUAGUCGCUCCCUCACUUGCUUUUAUUAUUACAAGUGAUGAUUUUAAAUGUAAGCAGAAAGAAUGCGAAGUGAAUUAUAUUUUUAUCUGUUUUAUACUUCCCACGAUAAAACGUACGAAGGGAAGUAACUAAGCAAGUAGUUCUCCGGUAACCACUUCAGUACUUUUCGAGGACAUCAGUACGCGCAUUUUUAAGGUUUGGGCACCUUUCCAAGCUGAUGAAGAUGGUGGUGAACAGUUGAAUGACUUGAACUGAGCUUACUCUCCAAUUCUUCAACUAACGCAGCAUAAUAUUUCUCAAACUCUGACAAAAGAAGCUCAUCAUCAAAUUCAACAGGGUUUUCUAUUACCAUUUUUGAACUUUUCAAACCAUCUUCUGCAACUUCUUUCAUUCAAGCACUCUUCCCAACAAACAGAAUGAAUAUUUCAGCCAUGUCAUAAUAUAUAAGUAUCUGUGAUAGCGAUUGACCAAUAUGACACAAAUAUGGAGUUAAUGGUCCGGACACAUCAUUUGUCUAGAUAUAUGAGACAAUCCUGUCUAAAAGUUUUUCGCAAUGGACAAAUUUUACACAGGCCAUGGAGACAAGAAAAAAGAGAACUGUUUACAUUGCCAAAUUUCAACAAUAGGCGAAAGGAAUAUUCUGAACGAAGACUUCUUGGCUAUUCAAUGGAACAAAUAUACACAGUUGUAGCAGAUGUCGAAAGGUAUCCUGAGUUUGUUCCUUGGUGUACAAAGGCUGUUAUAUUUCAUAGGCUGCCAAACCACUUUAAAGCAAAAUUACAGAUUGGUUUUCCUCCACUUAUAGAGCAGUACACAUCUGUAGUGACUUUAGCUAAGCCACAUUUAGUGAAGUCUGAAUGCACAAACGGCAAGCUAUUUAAUUUAUUGGAAACAACAUGGCGAUUUAGGCCCGGUUUACCAAAUAAUGAAAACACUUGUGUACUUGACUUUGCAGUGGCUUUUGAAUUCCGAUCAGCAUUACACUCUCAACUGUCAACAUUGUUUUUUGAUGAAGUGGUCAAGCAAAUGGUGAAAUCUUUUCUUAAAAGAACAAAAAGUAUCUAUGGACCAGAAUGUAUCAAAAGUCAAAACCCUAAAAUAAUCAAAUAUGUAUCUUGACACAAAUGGUUUUCUAUGAUGAAUGAGUUAAUAUAUUAAAUAUUUAUUCUAUUAUCACCAAAAUAUGAAAAUGUAUUCAAAAAAACUUCUUUCUGCUGCACUGCUAAUAAGGCUUUUAGUAUAUUUAUAGAAUUAAUCUAAAAACAAGUUUAGUAUAUUGGAAAUUAUGUUGAAACAGUUUUUAGGAGAGCUUUUCAUAUUCAUGCAAUAUCUUGAGAUUAGUAAAUUGCAUUUCUCUCUCUCUCUCACACACACUAAAUGUGAAAUUCAUUUUUGUGUAAAAGAAAGUACACAAUACUGUUAGGCACCAUAGGAUAACAUUUAUUCAAAGCCAAGUAUAUGUGAGUUAUUGCUUGGAGUUUUUCAUUCCUGAUUCUCAAGCAAGUGUAAUAUUUAAUCCUUUAGCAUUUUAAACCAGUCAUAUCUGGCCAAAAUACUCUACCUGUUUUAUGUUUGAACUGUCCAGAUAUGGCCUCUCACACUAACCCUACAAUAUCAUUUAAAAAAUUACCAGCUACCUCAUCAAAAUCUCAGAGCUACAAAAUAAUUCGUAAAUAAUUAAAAAUAAUAUGAAUUAAUAAGCAUUACUUUUGACCGAAUAAUGUGAAUGCUAAAGGUUUAAAGCCUGCUUCUCUAUACAUUCAGUCGGGAUUACCGUGUAAUUCUAAAUAACAACUUGGCAGGAAUUAAUAGAUUCUGCAUAUUGGAAUAUAUCGAUGUGCAGAAAAGUAUAAAACAUUCUGUAGAAAACUUUUACAGAUGAAAUGAAUACAAUAAAAUUUCUCGUAUAAAAUUCUUAAAAUGACCCCGGUGGCAUUGUAAAAUCUAGUGAAUGGUAAAAAAGGUAAAUAGUAGUAGUCUUUGGUUGUAAGAAGGAUUUUUGACUUUUGGUUUUAUUUUUUUUUACACUAAGGAAGAUAUGUAAGGAAUUAUUACUAAGGUGAUAAAGUUGAAGAUUUGAGUUGUAAAUAA